UAGAACUAAACGCAACACUUACGUUUACUCCAAAAUUCAAUUUUUGAAUUGUUGUGUUUUCUUGUUUGUUCAGGCAAAGUGGCUGACAGUUUAUUUUUCAUUAUGAAAAAUGUUCUUCUUUUUCUGAAAUAGUUAAAGAUUCAAGAUAUUUUUUGUUGUAAUAAGUUUCGCAGUCGUGUUAAACAAUGGGCCCUGGUCUUGCGAAUUCGAGUGGGAGUUCUGUUGAAGAAGAUGAUGUUUUCAGUUCUCAAUUUGCUGCUCUUCUUAAGCCAAUUCGAGAGCUUACUAAACAAGGAUGUUGGGAGCUGAAUAUAGCUGAUAAAUUGGAGGAAUAUGUCCAGUAUAUUCAAGAUUUGCGGAUUGAAGUUAAUGUAAACGGGGAGCAAAUGAAGCUAGAUUUUGCUAAGGCUGCUAUGGUUGUACAGAAUAGUGCACAAAUCUAUAGCAAGAAAGUUGAGCAGCUCUGGCUUCUUCUCCAAGAAGUGAUUGAGUUUUUAAGUUCGAAUGGGAAUGGUAAUGAAAAUGAUGAAAAUCAAACACCUGGCUCCAAGAUAAGAAGAAAUCACCGAAAAAAACAUCACAAAGGAGAUGUAGAUCUUAUCACAGAACCAAUUCCACUGAAGUUUAGAAAGUUUGGCUCAAAAUUAAAGAGAAAAGCUACAGCCAAAGACAUAAAAAAGAUCCAAACUUUACCGUAUGAAAUCUUGCAACUAGAAGAAGUUAUAGGAAGCUUAAAUUCUGUUAAAAUUAAACUCUACACACUUUCAAACGAGCAUUUGGGUUACCCCUCUGAUCUAAGAUCUAAUUUCCCCUUUGACCCUUACACUUUGUUUUUGCAAAUCCAUCACGCAAACGGAUUUAAAGUACAUCCCGAGAGAGAUGUCCUUAACGAAAACCAAGAAGCUGAACAUUCCAUCGCAGAUUUGGUGCCAACCGAACCAGUUCCUAUAGCAUCUAUGCACCAAGAUGAUCUAGAAGUCGAACCUCCUAACUUGGAUGAUUGGCAAAAUGACGGAGAAAUGGCCUCAGAAAACGAAAUCAUUCCAGAUGGCCUCGAAGAAAACGGGAACUCCAACGGUUUAACCGAAGAAGUCGUUGAGAGAAUGCAACUACGCCAGAGAGCUCCGGCUCCAAUUUCUGUGGAGAAUCAAGUAAAAGAAAAAGAUCCUUGGGGUGGUAUGGAUCCCUAUUCCGAAAGUGACGCUUUAAAGAAACCUUGUGGAGCUCCGGUUCGAUGCAAGAUGCCUGUUGCCUUGAGAAAACGGAAAGGGGUGGGGAAGGUUCCCGUAAAUGAAGAAAUUUGCGUAGAAAUAGACGAAUUUCUAGGGAAAAGUCAAAUCAUUAAAAAGCCCGCCUUAAAAUAUUCCCAGCCUGAAACCGAAUUCUGGGAAGAUUACGUACACUUUACGAAAACAACUGGGACCGUCAUUAAAAAACAACAAAAACUUCGGCCUGAAAAAAAUAUCGCGGAAGGGAUCGAAGAAAUGGACCAACAGGACAUCAAUAACGAAGACGAUGACCAUUUCCACAAAGAUACCCCAGAGUUUGAAAAUAGUUUUGACAAUUCUGGUGGUCUUGAUGCUUCAUAUGACGGUUUUCAUCCCGAACUACUUGGGGAUCCGGUAGAAAAGGCGAAUCCCUCAAGAGAAAUGGAUGAAUCAAAACAGUUUUUUGAACUUGUUCAGCAGUUUAUGGCAGAGUAUACUGCUUCCGCCAAAGAAUUUGUAACAUCGACUGAAUCGACCCGCCGAGUUCAGGCGUGGCAUGAUAUGAUUCAACCGAGACUUCGUGAGGCCGAAAUGCGUCGUGAUUUUGAUAUUCACCUUUAUGGAAGUCGCAUAAUAGAGGAAUUCGGGUCUGCUGCGCCUAUAGGAAGCCAAUGUGCUUUUACCAAAAUUGUUCAUGACCAACCGAAAAACGAAGUAGCCAGAUAUUUUCUCGCCACUCUGCAAUUAGCAAACGCUUACAACGUGGAAAUUCAACUUCAAGAUGCUUUAACUCUCGAUGGAGUGGAACUAAAACUCCUAUCUCGAGAGAGGCAUCACGAACACAUGGACGAUUUCAUCUGAUGAACUGUCAGCAAGAUGUUUGGUCCUAAUGGUCCAUCAGGGAGAGACGGCCAUAUCCACGUCGCUGAUAUCCUUUUGAUUUCCUCCAUCUUUUGAUAUAUCUGCGAUAAAAAUGCCAUUCCAUUAACAUACCUUGUUAAUAAACAAUUUGAAAGUUAA